AAUCCGGACAAAGUGCGCUGUCAAAGAUUUGGUGUGCGGAGAUUUUACAAAAAUAGUCCAAAUAGCAAAGGUAUUUGGCAGAUUUCUCGUUGAUUCUGCUCCGAAAGUGUGCAUUUUGAUACGCAAUCAUGGUUAUCAAAUUCUAUUUCUCCACCAUUACAUCGACGUUAGAGAUGGAGAAAAAUCAACGGAAGAUUGAUUUUGUUCUGUCUUCCAAAGGGUAUGAUCUGGAAAAGAUUGACAUAGCCACAAACCAAGAGGCAAAGCACAAGAUGAGAGAAUUGUUGAACAACCCUAAAGCCUUGCCGCCUCAAAUCUUCAACGACGAUGUUCAUUGUGGGGACUUUGAUGCCUUUGAUGCUGCUGUCGAGAAUGAGACACUGGAUGAAUUCCUCAAGCUGUAGAGUCGUUUCUUCGGCAUCGGGAAUGAAAAACCGUCAUCCUUCUAAAGGAAUUUCUUACUAACCCAACUCUAACAGCUCAGAAUCUUCCCAAAAUUCAUCUGUUGCUUUUGUUCCAUUUUGGUUCAUAGCACUCUGCUCUAAUGACGUCACUUUUGCUCAAAACACAGAUGUCGGACACAAAUUUGAGAACUCACGUGAUCACCACAUGGCAUUGGGCUGGCAUGACAGCAGUAGUAUAGUCACACACAAAAAACUGCACUUUAUACAGUGCACUCACCUACAAAUGCAAAAACGGAUCAGCACCAGACUAUCUCCAGGAUUUAAUUCAACACUACCACCCUCCGCGAACACUUCGUUCCAGUUCAAAAGGUCUUCUCAUAGCAGCUCCAGUUCACACGAAGUUCUACGGUCAACGUUCCUUCCAAUAUGCUUCACCUAGACUAUGGAACUCUCUUCCCAACAAUCUCAAAGACUGUGCCACACUAGAACAAUUUAAAUCACGACUUAAAACCCAUCU